AUGUUCCACCUCACCCUCCUUGUGUUACUCUGUUGUGCCACCUCCAUCAGUGCAGGAACGAUUAAGAAACCCUCUGCUUCCCAUUCUGGCGAGUAUGGGGGGAAUGGAGGAUUACGCUUCUCACAUUCAGUGGACCAACUGGAUGGACCUAUAACAGCCCUUGGGAUUCGGACAAACGCAUCAUACAUUACAGGCCUCCUGGUCCGGUAUGGAAGGAAGUGGAGUGACUACGUGGGUGGCCCAUCAGGAGAACUGCAGACGAUCAUGCUGAACCCAGGAGAGUCCAUCACCCAAGUGUCGGGGAAGUUUGAUUCGUACAUUUGCAAACUUAAAUUCCAAACCAAUUUGGGACGGCGCUUUUCUUUUGGAGUUGAUGUGGGCACCAGUUUUACUGCAAUUCCACUGUUCCCAGGAGCUAUCCUGACUUAUAUCAGUGGCCGCUCUGGUGCUGUCAUUGACGCCAUUGGUUUCCACUGGAAUGUUGAGUUUGGUGGAGGAGCAAGACAUUGA